UUUGCGCGCAUCAACGGAAAUUUGUUGAGAAUCUCAUAAAAACUCUAUUUAUUGUAAUUGUAAGCUAUAGUGGUAUUGUGGAACUGUUCAUAAAACCAUCAAAAUGUCGAGUACAUCACAAAAACAUAGAAACUUCGUUGCCGAACCGAUGGGAGAAAAGCCAGUCACAGAUUUAGCCGGCGUUGGUGAAGUGCUUGGAAAGCGAUUAGAAGCCGCAGGUUUCGAUAAGGCGUAUGUUGUCCUGGGUCAAUUCCUAGUGUUAAAAAAGGAUCAAGAACUAUUUCAAGAGUGGAUGAAAGACACAUGCAGUGCCAACUCAAAACAGUCUGCUGAUUGCUACCAAUGCUUGAAAGAUUGGUGCGAGGAAUUCCUUCAUUAAUACAAUUUUAAGUUUUUAUAACAAUAAUUAUUGCAUAUUGUGUGUAAAUAUUACGGUGAAUGGUAACUGUACAAAUGCCAGAAUUUUAAUUUCAAGAACACAUUGAUAGAAAAUAUGACUAAUAUUAAUAUUUUUAUAUUUACUAAUUAAAAUGUUCACAAUUUA